AUGGCCAAUGACCCGGUAGACCCUGAUGCUAAUCGGCCUAGAAGAAUGGAACAAGAAAAGUCAGCCUACGAAGACCAGCUGAAAACCUUCCGUACUACUCGGAAACUGAUUCGGAUCAACAAGAUCCCAUUCAAAGUCACCCGCAAUGCGUUCGAAAGCGCACUUCGGGAGAAGCUGAGCAACUCCGACUCGCCUCGUAUCUUCUGGCCGCCAGUCGACAAGGCCAAGUUGCCAAACCCCGCCCGUCAUUUGGGCUGGGAACUCGAAGGGUCUCAGCUUGGCAUCGAUCGAGCAUCCAGAGUGGCAAAUACAUCAGGCUCCUCUGGGAAACGAAUCAGGUCUGCUGAUUCUGGAGAGGCGUCGACAACCGCGCCUUCUGUAGCGAGUCCUUUGACGACUGCUACGUUUUCAGGACCGGGUGGUUGGACGGUUACAAUAACGGGUCCUUCGACUGCCGCAUCACCUGCGGUUCCCACCCCAACUGCCGGCAAUACUACCGCCGAAGCCGCUCUUCUCCCUGCCAUCACCCCAGAGAAUGCCCCUGCCGCUGUGGUUGCCACUGGGGAUGCCCAUGCCGCCACGAACAAAAGGAAGCUGGAUGCUCAUGCUUCCGAGGAUGCUCAUGACGCCGAGGUUCUCCCCGCUAAGAAAAUGAAGGUUGAUGCCCAUGCCGCCAUGAAGAAAAGGAAGCUGGAUACUCCUGCUCCCGAGGAUGCUCACGACGCCGAGGUUCUCCACACAAAGAGAAUGAAGUAUGAUACAAACUAA